AUGUGCCACAGUUGCGCGUGCAAGAUCGGCCCUUCGCUCUUAGCGUCCGAUCUCUCGCGUCUCAAGGACGAGUCACUGAAGGUGGUAGCAGCUGGCGCCGAUUACCUGCAUCUGGACGUAAUGGACGGCCACUUUGUGCCUAACAUCUCGUGGGGUCCACCUGUCAUCAAAUCGCUUCGGCCGCAUACCAAGGCAUUUUUUGACUGCCAUAUGAUGGUGUCGAAGCCAGAGCAGUGGGUGCUCGACGUGGCGGCGGCUGGCGGUGACCAGUUCACCUUUCACCUGGAAGCGACUCUGGACCCGGAGGCUCUCAUCGAGCAGAUUCGUAGCGCUGGUAUGAAAGUUGGAUUGGCUAUCAAACCAGGUACGAGUGCCGAAGCUGCUUUUCCGUUUGUAGAGCUCGUGGACAUGGUGCUGGUCAUGACUGUGGAGCCAGGUUUUGGUGGGCAGAGUUUCAUGGCCGACAUGAUGCCGAAAGUAGAGACUCUUCGUACCAAGUAUCCGACGCUGGACAUUGAGGUGGAUGGCGGGUUGGGCCCCUCCACGAUUGAUGCUGCAGCAAAGGCAGGUGCCAACAUGAUUGUUGCUGGAAGCUCGGUGUUCAAGGCCGUAGACACGAAGGCUGUCAUUCUACAACUGCGCCACAGUGUGGAGAAGUACGGCAACGGCAAGAGCGAUGAUCACCUGACCAACUUGUAA